AUGGAAGCCACUGAAGAAAGCCCAGCAGAGAACCAAAGCCUGGCUCAAGGCACCUCAGUCACGUUGAAUAGUGACACUGGUGCAGAUAAAGUUCUUGCAUCACUAGAGGGUAAGAGGAAGUGGAAAGGGUACUUGCCAACUGAGUCAGUGAAGAUCCUCGAAGCCUGGCUGUAUGAACACCAGUUUAGGGCCUACCCUUCAGAAGCAGAGAAGCGAAUGCUGUCCAAGCAGACUAAUUUGUCUUUCCUGCAGAUCUCUAACUGGUUUAUCAAUGACUGCAGACGUGUUCUUCCAGAAAUGCUACAACAAGAUGGAAAUGACCCCAACUAGAUCACCAUGUACCACCAAAAAGGCAAGUCUGCUUAUGUGACCCAUGAGUAGAGCACAGAUUCACCUAUACAGGCCAGGUCAAGUCCCAGAGAUCCAGACAAAACGCCGUGCCUGCCCCUGAGCCUCCUUCCAAUGAGCCAAAAGUCAGGGGAGAAGCUGCUAGAUUCAGAGUUGUCUCCAGGCCAGAAGCUCACCCCAAAGGCCCAGCCAAAAAAAAAGGUCAAGUUUUCUACUAGUGAACCCUUGCUUAUGACAUCUCCCAAACCUGUGUUAACAGAGGAGUACAAGGACUUCAGCAGCUUCCAGCUGCUGGUUGAUGCAGCCAUGCAAAAAGCUGCAGAACUGGAGCUACAGAAGAAUCAAGAGCCCAAUCCAUGA